AUGGCGGCCGUGCCUUUCCGGCCGUUGGAGUACCUGGAAGGCCGUCCAGGCACUACAUUCCUCAAGCUCUACCAGCAGCCCUCGACAGCCCUAGCGGUAUUUCGAAGGAUGCUGCCGCACCUCGCGAAAUGCUUCGUGAUGGCACUGCUAUACCUUAAGGAUCCUCUGCCAGCAACUGAGCUAGAGCUAUGGGUGAGGUCAGACAGCAGACGUGAACGAGAUAAUUCGCUCUCGAUCCUUGGUCGUCUACAUAUCCUCUCUAGCACAACGUCCUCAAGCCAUGUUCGCGCAUACAUGGUCACCGAGCCAUUUUCUACCUCCUUGCGGCAAGCGCUCAUGGGAGAAGACCAAAAGGGCUCAUUUGGAGUUAUAUCAGUGACUCCCGAUAAGUAUCCAGUCUCCGUCGCGGAUUUAGACGAAUAUGCAAGACAGCAGUGGGAGGCUGUGCUUGGGUACAUGGUUGGGAUGAGCUCUUUGAGCGGAGGAAGGGAAACUAUCACGUUGAGCAAAGGUGUCAAACAGCUUCUCCAAGCCUGCCAUCUAGUGGAAAUCCGGGAUCGAAGAGUCGAAAUCACAAAAGAGGGUUUUGCUUUUGUUUUACAAGACGUCAACACUCAGGUCUGGCAUAUACUCAUCCUCUACGUUGAGAACGCAGAAGCUAUAGGAAUGGAAAGCGUCGAAGUGCUCUCGUUUAUUUUCUUGCUUAGCAGCCUCGAGCUCGGCCAGUCUUAUGAGAAAAAGAACCUCACACCUACGCAGCUUCGGACACUUGCUGAUCUCACUGAUUUUGGCAUUGUUUACCAGCACACACCCGCUUCUGGGUCCACUCGGUUUUACCCUACCCGACUAGCCACAACGCUUACUUCUGACUCUCUGGCCAUGUCAGGCCCAAUAUCAGGAGAACCUACUGUCCCUGCCGCCGCUGCAGGUGCCACAACAGCCGGCGAUGCUGGCACCGGAUUCAUCAUCGUCGAAACAAACUACCGUUUAUAUGCAUACACAUCAUCGCCUCUACAGAUAUCUCUCAUCUCCCUCUUUACAACGCUAAAAUUCCGAUUUCCCAAUCUUAUAACAGGCAAAAUAACCCGCCAAUCUGUCCGUCGAGCCAUCGAAAUGGGCAUCACUGCUGACCAGAUCGUGUCAUAUCUCACCACACAUGCCCAUCCUCAAAUGCGCAAAACCAAGAAAUCUACUACAAACGUUUCUUCGACAGUCUUGCCGCCUACAGUUGUCGAUCAAAUACGGCUUUGGCAGCUAGAACGAGAUCGAAUCAAAGCAACAUCAGGCUUCCUCUUCAAGGAGUUCGACACUUUUGCGGAGUUUGAAGCCCCAUGCAAAUAUGCCGAGGAAAUCGGGGUCCUGGUUUGGAGGUCUGAUUCGAGGCGGAUGUUUUUUGUUACCAGGCAUGAACAGGUUGCUGCGUUUCUACGUAGUAGAGCGGCAUCAAGGGGCUAA